AUGUCUACAAUUACAAUUUCUGGAAUGCUUAUCAGACUUUGGUGUCUUAUUCGUGGAAAUAGUUCUGCUUUUAAAGUUGCUAUAGGAAACAAAAAUGAUAUCGAUGACCUAAAAGAGUCAAACCCGCCCAAAGAACGCAUUCGUGUUUUUAUAGAGCAACCUGAUGCCACCAGAAUAGAAUAUUUGACAGCUGGUAUUGCAGGAAUCCAAUUUCAAGGAUUUCGAUUAGAAGCCGCGUUAAUUACACUAGAGGCGCCAGAGGUAUGGAUCAUCCGCAAAAUUAUGACAACACAAAUUCCUGUAAACCAAACAGAAUUACACCUACUUAAGAAUGUCGUUAACUGGGGAUUUGUUAGUCAAGCAAUACUAAAAAAAGAAGAAAGCAAAUUUAAAAAAGAAAAAAAAUUAGCAUUAGUAAUCAAAAAUAAGCAGUUGGAAAAAAAUCAUGACUACUUAUUAGAUGAUAACUUGGAGGAUAGUAGACUUGUCACUGAAUUAUACUAUGGAAAAUAA